CUGUAAGGCACACACACACACACACACACAUGCCCACUCACAUUCAUGCAAGCGAGUGUGAAGCGCGUAUCACAGUCAUCAUUUAAUGACUUAACGCUGAUUUCUGUCCACGUUUCGGUUUUAAUGAGAAACAUUUGGACACAGAACGCUGGUGAAUUCGUGCUUUAAGCGGAAGCGCUCUGGUAGAAUGCAGAAAGAGCGCAGAUGUGGGAAGCUGUACGGCUCUGUGGAGCGAGCGGAGCCGCGUGAGGACGCGCGCAGAACAGAUGAAGACGGCAUUGUGUCCAUGGCGGACUCCACCAUUACUGUGGAUGACAUCGAGGGCGAGCUGUUUAAAAUCGAGAGGAUACGAGAUGUGCUGGUGCGGAGAGAGUCUGAGCUGAGAUACAUGAUGGAUGAUAUUCAGCUAUGUAAAGAGAUCACAAGGCUUAAAAAAGAGCUACAGAAAUUGGUAUCGAUCCCAGAUAAAGACAAGUCCAGUGAAGACCGGCAACGUGAGGAGGAGCUGUUGCAGCAAAUCCAUAAGCUGGUAGAGACUCGAGACUUUCUGGUGGAUGAUGUGGAGUUUGAGAGACUGAGGGAGCAAGAAGAGGACAAAGAGAUGGCCGAGUUCCUACGGGCAAAAUUUCCUGUGAGCGCUACUAAGAAAAGUUCCACUCAGAAAAGAAGAAUGACCUCUAGGGCCCAGCAGGUCUCCUCUCCAAAAGUGACCAAGGCUGGUCUUACCCUGCUUAAAGAAUGCUGCGGUUUUACUUGCUCUGUCAUGUAGUAAGAGUAAUUGAGUAUGAGAGUGACUACAAGAAUGAGAAAAGAAGUGUUAUUAAAAAGCCCAGUAAAAGUAUGGAAAGAAAAGAUCAUAUAUGUAGGCAAAAGGCUUUUUUUUCCCACAAAGGUAUAUUUUAUGAGGUACUGAGGACUUGUCUCAUUACUGAUGUGCAAAUUGUGGAAAUUAUUUUUGAAAUCAACAAUGAGAUAAAGAUUAUGCAAGUGAACUGAUUGUAAUUAUGCAGUAGUGUGUGUCUGUCUUUCAGCUGUUAAGAAGUGUAAGAAGGUAAAUUUAAACCCUUCGGUAAUCAGUAGUUUAAAUGAACAGUAUUUACUCUUGUCUGUCUUUGUGAAAAUGAAGAAAAAAAGGCAGCUAUAUGAGUUGCAUCAGCUAUUAACUUCACUAUAUUACUUUUGUCAGUGUGAGCCUGGUGUCCUUGCGAUGUUCUGCCACUGAAUACAGCUAUAUUUAACCUUAGCUUCAACCACUGACAUGUCCAUGUGCUUGAGAAACAGAGAGAGAGAGAGAGAGAGAGAGAAGAUGGGGGGUGUAAGGAUGAGUAACAAGAAAGAGAUUAUAUUACAAACUAGCCAAGCAGAAUCAAAAAGAAUGGAUGCAUGAACUAGACAUUGCUGAGAUCUAAGCAGAAUCAAGAAACACGGUUAAAAGGGACUUGAACAUAUUUGUGUGCUAUAAUGUGCUACGUGACUGAAGUUCAAUUUGAUCUGAAGCGUCACUAUGCUAAAAACUGGAGGUAAAGUAUUAAAUUUGCUGAAAAAACUAAUUAUUAGUUAGUUAAUAAACUAUGAGUUAUUUGACUCAAGAAGGCUGAAGAAUGUAUAUUUUGAAUAAAAUAUUCUGUACAGGCAUAAGAAAAUGCUGAAUUAAAUAUAUUAAAACCCUUGCUUAUGUAUUUCUACCUAUUUUCGUCACUUUUUUUAAGUGUAUCGUUCUCAAUUUCGGCUGCAACAUCUUUAACUUUGUUAAAUACUGAAUAUAAAGAGAGAGCUAGUGUUUGGUUUGUCUCAAGAGAAGAUUUGCCUGGCUUUACCUCAGCGAAUUGUAAAGUUUGAUGUUUUUGGUGGUCAUGUGUCACUAAAUGAAAUUUUUCAGUAAAGAAAAUGAACAUUC